UGUCUAAAGUCAUAAACUGACUUAUUGACCUUACCUUCCACAGUGCCAGUGAACAACCUCUCUCUCACCUACCUACCCACUCAAAUGCUUGUAUUAUCUUCAUUUGUAUAAAACCAAAGACCUCUCAAUCCAUCAUUUGUCUCCAGCUCAUGAGAAGUGCAUCAUAGUUAGAAGCAAACCCACCCUUUUCAUCCAAUUUUGAUUAUAGAUGGAAAACCAGCCCCCAUCAUCAAAGGCUUCUGAAGUAGAUGCCCCCCUUCAAUCAAUUGGUUUUGAGAUUCAAGAAUUGUCUCCACAAAGGGUAUCUGGCCAUCUACCUGUUACUCAAAAGUGCUGUCAGCCAUUCAAGGUGUUGCAUGGAGGGGUAUCAGCAUUGGUGGCAGAGUCUCUGGCAAGCAUAGGAGCACACAUGGCUAGUGGAUACCAAAGAGUGGCUGGGAUUCAACUCAGCAUCAACCAUUUGAAAAGUGCUGUGCUUGGUGACUUGGUCUAUGCUGAAGCCAUCCCUUUAAAUGUUGGCAAAACCAUUCAGGUAUGGGAGGUGAGAAUAUGGAAGCUUGAUCCUUCUAACAAACAAAAGAAAACUCUAGUAUCAUCAUCAAGGGUUACUCUACUGUGCAACAUGCCUGUCCCAGAUAAUGCAAAAGACGCUGGAGACAAACUCAGGAAGCAUGCAAGGCUAUGAAUGAAGUUGUUUAAUUUACAUAUGCAUAAGCAAAACUUUUCUUGUAAUCUGAAACACAACAAGGAAAGGAUUGUUGGGUGGUAUAAAAAGCAACACUAAUGCUUCAAAAUGUACACAAUGGUCAUAAUUUGUUGUUUAAAUGGAAAGACAACUUCUUGUAAUUAUAAACGGAUCGAGAUAAGAUAUACAUUGAAGAGGAAAAAGCCAACACCACCCAAAUUCCAAUA